CUGUUGCCCAACACCCUGGAAAAACAGGAAAGAGCCAACUUUCCAAAUGUGGUCUUCCUUUUGGAGUAGAAAGAGCCAUGGAGAAGUUUAUUCCUCAGAAGAGACCUGGGUGUCCAAACCUGAAACAGAGUGGGCCACCUCGUAGAGUCGUGUUCAAGUGGAAGGACAGGGAAUCCAGAACCCAGGCCCUCCGGAGGCAGCUCAUUGCCCUGGGGCCAGCUCUCAUUGUUAGAAGCCUGUCCUGGGCUUUCAAGCCUCCAGUCCAGCCAACCACCCAACUUGUAGAGGGCAAAUCUGAGAGCCAGAGGACUGCAGGACUGGCCGAAGUCACCCACGGGGGUAAGUAGCGAUGCUGGAAUUGCACUGAAGAGGGCAGGGAAGUAGAAAGAGCCCUAGGUGGGGGCUACCCACGGGACCAAGGCCUAGUGAACUCCCUCUCCGGGGCUUGGCUUCUUCCUCUUUAAAAUGAGGGGGGCUGGAAGACUUCUAAGGUUCCUUUAGCCUUAAGCCUGCUGUCCUCUCGGGGCUUCUUUCUGUUCUAUCGGGCUGCCUCUACAAAAAUUACUGGCAUUUAUAUUUAUUCAAAGACAUUUGGGGAUAAUUAUUUCAGCAUAACUGGUUUCCUUUGUCAUUGUAUGUGUUCUGUUUAAUGCACUUAAGGGUCCGCCGACUUCAUCAGCCCGUCAAAGGCUCAAAGGUUCAGAACCUGUUUAGGAGCUUGGCUGGUAGGGUUGUAGGAUCGCCAAUGGUGGGGCGAUCUGAAUUCAAAUCCUUUGAACUUCUGGAGCCCGGGCCUUCCCCAUCCCAUGGCUCUUCCUGCCCGCGGGCUUUGGGGAAGCAUAGGAUGAUGACACUCGGAACAGCAAGGCUUUGGUCCCGCUCUCUCCCCAACCCCGAUCUCCCUUUGCAGGGUAGACCCUUCCAAGAGGAGUCCAGUGAAGCGGUCCCACGGCAGCUUUUAUAAACCAAGGCUGUCUGUCUCCAAGGGAGUCACCUCCCUCGACUUCCUCCUAAAGCCCUCCUCCAGGCCAGAAGAGCCGUUAUUGGGGGUGGUGAGAGGGCACAGGAGAUCUGGGCAGAGGAAGCCAGACUCGUGGAGAACCCGGUUUUCAAUGCACUAGCAUGUGUUAUUAAGGGUCUGGUGCCGUGAUGAAAUGAGCCCAUGGGGGCACAGAGAAGGACUAGGAGCCCAGUUCAUCGGAAUGGGGGUGGGGGCGGGGAGAGGCGGGAACUCUGGGGCAGCGACCCAGGAUCCCAGAAUUUAGAGCCGAAACAGAUCUUAGAGGCUGUCCAACUCCGUCAUUUUACCAAAAGGGGAUCCUGAGGCCCAGAGAGUAACUUGCCAGGGAGCUGAGCUGAGCUUCGGUUCGGACUUCCCUUGAAACUGCCCAAGAGACCAGUGGAGGGGCAAAGUCGGCAGCAUGAGGGAGUUGAGUCAGACCUAGGGAAGAGCAUGGCCAGGGCCAAUGCAGACGUGGCGAAAUUCUAGUCUUUUCUGGAGGGCUCCGAGGUGGUGCUAGCUCGUCCUAAGUGUCGGGAGGCGGCUCCCGGACCUCCAAUUUUCCCUCCCAGCUCGAAAUCUCUAAUGCUCCGCCUGGACGACCUGGGAUAAACCUGGCGGGCCGACGGGGAGGCCGAAGCGCCUCCGAGGAAGCCCGGGCUCCUGCUCCACACUUGGGGUGGUGUCUUUGUGGGUGCGUAACCUUUCGCCCCGGCUUCGGUAACCGACUCCCCAGGAUUGGAGGAAGGUCUUAGGAGCGAGAGGGGCUGGCCCCAGCUCUCAGUUACAGCGUGCUCGAGUUACAGCGGCGAGUCCAAAGGGGCAUGCACAGACAGCAAGUCCGGGCUUGCAGACGCUACGCCCGGAGAGUGAGAGUGAGAGUGAGUGUGUGCGUGUGUGCGUGUACGUGUGAGUGUAGGUGCGCGCGCGCGCGGGUGCACAAGAGCGCGCGCCCCGAGAUAGCGCGGGCCAAGCUGAUGGGGGAGGGGGAGGGGAGACCACAGUCAGCCACUCACAGAAACAGUAGUGAAAUCUCCCGAACACUUUAACUGUCAAUCAGACUUAAUGGGGUAUAAAAAAAAAAAACCUCCAUCUGUGCAGCCGGGGAAAGAGGGAAUGGAGAGACUGCCUGCGAGGCAGGGCUGACAGGGGGUGCAUCUUGUUCGCUUUCGGAACUCGGGGACUCCAAGUUGGGGGCGGAAAAAAAAAAGACAGCAAUAAAUGCUCCAGGAAGAGAGAGCGAGCGUGGGGCAAGGGAGGGAGGCUGAAUCCAGCGGCAGCAGCCCCUCUGCUAGGCUAGCCCCCGGGAGCCAGAGAGAGAGCGAGGGGGAGUGAGCGACGCACGUAGAGAAACUGACACCAGGACCCCCCACUUCUCCUGCAAAGUGCUGGCAGUCAGAUCUCAUUUAAGCAAUUUCCUGCGCGUAAGAAUAGCAAUGAGUCGGGAGGUGUUCGCUGGCUGAAAUUGGGUGAAACCUCAGCCACUUUUUCACCCCCCCCCCACUUCCCUUUGAGGGGGUUGGAUUCUGCUUUUUGUUUGUUUUGGUUUGGGGUUGUUUUUUUGUUUUUGUUUUCUUUUUAAGUCUUGCACUUUGAGACUUGCGAGGCUGUGGCUGCGUGCGCGCGUGUGGUUGGUGCUUCCCCCCCCCCCCCUUAAACUCUCCAUAUCUGUCAGCCAGUAAACAUUACCUGAGAAAUCCCCAACGGAAACGACAGCUGAGGCAAGAAGCUUCUUGCCUUCAACGUUUCCACCUCCCGCUCCCCGCCUCCCACCCACCCCCCUCCUGCUGUCCCAACUUUCUGAAGCGCCCUUUCCCUACCUAAGCAGGAGUAUCUUUUUGCCCCCCACGCCCGCUACUUUGCAUUUUUGAGGGGACCAGGUGGGAUUCUUCCCCCCCUCCACCGCCCCCCACCCGCCUUAUUUCUUACUUGCUUCUCUUUUUGCUUUUGGAUUGCGGGUGUGUGGUUUUGCACUGGGGGUAUUCCCCCCACCCCCGCCAACGCCCCCUCACCCCCUCGGAGGAUGGUUUGGAAAUGGCUGGGCGCGCUGCUGGUGUUCCCGCUGCAGCUGAUCUAUUUGGUGGUGAAAGCGGCAGUGUGUCUGGUGCUGCCCGCCAAGCUGCGGGACCUGUCCCGGGAGAGCGUCCUCAUCACCGGCGGGGGAAGAGGCAUCGGGCGCCACCUCGCUCGGGAGUUCGCCGAACGCGGAGCGAGAAAGAUCAUCCUUUGGGGGCGAACUGAGAAAUGCCUGAAGGAGACCACAGAAGAGAUCCGGCUGAUGGGCACCGAAUGCCACUAUUUUAUCUGUGACGUGGGCAACCGAGAAGAAGUUUAUCAGACGGCCAAAGCUGUUCGAGAGAAGGUCGGGGAUAUCACUAUCCUGGUCAACAAUGCUGCUGUGGUCCACGGGAAGAGCCUGAUGGACAGUGACGACGACGCCCUCCUGAAGUCACAGCACAUUAACACGCUGGGACAGUUCUGGACCACCAAGGCCUUCCUGCCGCGGAUGCUGGAGCUCCAGAACGGCCACAUCGUGUGCCUCAACUCGGUCCUGGCCUUGUCGGCCAUCCCCGGAGCCAUCGACUACUGCACCUCCAAGGCGUCCGCCUUCGCCUUCAUGGAGAGUCUGACGCUGGGCCUGCUGGACUGCCCGGGGGUCAACGCCACCACCGUCCUGCCCUUCCACACCAGCACCGAGAUGUUCCAGGGAAUGCGGGUCAGGUUUCCCAACCUCUUCCCCCCGCUGAAGCCUGAGACAGUGGCCCGGAGGACGGUGGAAGCCGUGCAGCUCAACCAGGCGCUCCUCCUUCUCCCCUGGACGAUGCACGUCCUGGUCAUCUUGAAAAGCAUACUCCCACAAGCAGCACUUGAGGAAAUCCACAAGUUUUCUGGCAGCUACACCUGCAUGAACACUUUCAAAGGUCGGACAUAAAGACAGAAACACAGAGACAUCCUCCAGGCCAAGUGAAGCCUGGAUAGAACCUCAGGGAGCCAUAGCAGGGCUUCCAGCGGCCUGUCCUUCAGCACCAUUCCCCUGCUACAGGGUGCCCAUGGGCACUGCUCCUGUCCCAGAGAGGAAACAUGACUGCUGAGCCAGCGCCAUGAUCUUUUGCACAAGACUGAGGGACAGGACCCUUAUCCCACCACAAGGCAAAAAGCAAAAAAGCAAACAAAAAAACAGCAGCCUUGACAUUUUUGUAUAUUUCUAAUUCUUUAGAGUUUUAUCAUUAAAUCUGCUUAUAUAGUCAAACCA